CCGACCAGCAGCACGUUUAUGAAUAACGCCGGACCAACACCCGCCCUAGAAAUGAGGCUGUAGGUGCUGAUUUGGACAAACACGUCGGUAAAAGACUGAAGACGGCACGCCGGUGAAGUCGAGACAAACACGCUCUCUCUAUCCGCAUCCGCAGCGCACCAUGAGGGAAAUCGUUCAUAUCCAGGCUGGGCAGUGUGGCAACCAGAUUGGGGCGAAGUUCUGGGAGGUGAUAAGUGACGAGCAUGGCAUCGACCCCACUGGUACUUACCAAGGUGACAGUGAGCUGCAGCUGGAGAGGAUAAAUGUCUACUACAAUGAGGCGUCAGGAAGGACAGGCAGCAAGUUUGUCCCAAGGGCCAUUCUUGUGGACCUGGAGCCAGGAACCAUGGAUUCCGUUCGCUCUGGGCCAUUUGGACAACUUUUCAGGCCUGACAACUUUGUCUUUGGUCAAAGUGGAGCGGGAAACAACUGGGCCAAAGGUCACUACACUGAGGGAGCUGAGCUGGUCGACUCCGUUCUGGACGUGGUGAGGAAGGAGUCCGAGAACUGCGACUGCCUGCAGGGCUUCCAGCUCACGCACUCUCUGGGUGGAGGCACAGGCUCAGGGAUGGGCACGCUGCUCAUCAGCAAGAUACGCGAGGAGUAUCCCGACCGCAUCAUGAACACCUUCAGCGUCAUGCCCUCCCCGAAGGUGUCCGACACUGUGGUGGAGCCGUACAACGCCACUCUUUCUGUCCACCAGCUUGUGGAAAACACAGACGAGACCUUCAGCAUCGACAAUGAGGCCCUGUACGACAUUUGCUUUCGCACCCUGAAGCUGACCACACCCACCUAUGGAGACCUCAACCACCUAGUGUCAGCCACCAUGAGCGGUGUGACCACCUGUCUCCGCUUCCCCGGCCAGCUAAAUGCUGACCUCCGUAAGCUGGCCGUCAACAUGGUGCCCUUCCCUCGCUUGCAUUUCUUCAUGCCGGGCUUUGCCCCUCUCACAAGCCGAGGCAGUCAGCAGUACCGUGCCCUCUCUGUGCCAGAGCUCACACAACAAAUGUUUGACGCCAAGAACAUGAUGGCAGCCUGUGACCCCCGUCACGGACGCUACCUCACUGUGGCGGCCAUCUUCCGGGGCCGCAUGUCGAUGAAGGAGGUGGACGAGCAGAUGCUGAGCGUGCAAAACAAGAACAGCAGCUACUUCGUCGAGUGGAUCCCAAACAAUGUCAAGACCGCCGUCUGCGACAUCCCGCCCCGCGGCCUCAAGAUGUCGGCCACUUUCAUUGGCAACAGCACAGCCAUCCAGGAGCUGUUCAGGAGGAUCUCGGAGCAGUUCACGGCCAUGUUCCGCCGCAAGGCCUUCCUCCACUGGUACACCGGAGAGGGAAUGGACGAGAUGGAGUUCACAGAGGCAGAGAGCAACAUGAACGACCUGGUGUCAGAGUAUCAGCAGUACCAGGACGCCACAGCGGACGAGAUGGGCGAAUACGAAGAGGAUGAAAUAGAGGAUGAGGAAGACGUCCGCCAUGAUGUUCGCCACUGAUUCUAAUAACACUGAUUACAGUGACCUGGCAUUUUUGAAUGAAUUCCCUAAGUCCCCGCCAAUAGUAAUUGUUGCUGGGCAGCCAAAACCACGCUAGUGAUGCAGGUGUUCGACUACAUAUUGCAUUGUGCGGAACAUGAUGAAAUACAGUAUAGCUGUUAAGCAAAUCGACAAAUACACUGCAUAUAGAAAAAAAAAAAGCACGACUGGUGUCACAAUUAAAACAUGUGCAACUGUUAUAUUGUGUGGUUUUCAAAGUCACGUUUUUGCCAGUGUCGAAGAAGUAGUAUGGUCUUGUCCUAAAUAUUUUUGUAACAUUCUCUUCAAUGUGCACUCACUCCCUCAAGUCUCUAAUAAAACAUCCACUCCUCUCA